AUGGUAUCCAGUUCAAUGCCCAAGAAGGUACAAGAUUACCAAGGUACUCUUGCGUGGGAGGAUGAUACAGGCCUGAAUGGCAUCCGUCUGCACUGUACUGAUGGCACAACCAUUGAAUCUACAGUUGGACAGUGGGGAACUUGGCAAGAGAUUGAGAGUUGCCCCAAAGGCAACCUGCAGCAAUUCUCUCUGCAGGUGGAAGAACACCAAGGGAUCCGUGACGAUACAGCAGCCAACAAUAUCCGCUUCAGAUGUGAAUUUGGAGUUGUUCUGGAAGGUCUUGGACACAAUUGGGGGAAGUUUGGGGACUGGAGUGAGAGCUGUGCCCCUGGCUUCAUAUGUGGGAUAAUAACUAAGAUGGAUAUUGACCGAGGUAUUGGUGACGACACAGCUCUUAAUGAUGUGAAGUUCUACUGCUGUGACUGAACCACAAGAGACUCAGUCUCUUACAACACAGCUGCCUGUGUUCUAAAAUAUGAAUCUCAAUGACAAUUAAAUCUUGAACUAAGA